UCUAUCAAGACCUGUUAUUUAGCUUGAAUUUUAGACGUCAAAGAAAGAAAAUUGAUCUUUCAGAAUAGAAAAGAUAGAGCAAUGGAUUGAGAAGUUUGUAAACUUUUCGAUUAUCCUCUUCUCUGUCUGCGAAAAUUUUUUCUUUAUUUUCAUUUUAUUCUAUUUACAGAAUUAACUUAUCACGAAAUUUAUUCUGUAUAUUAUUAUCGCCGACUGUAAUGUUCUAAUGCCUUUUUUCUUUUUCUUCUUCUUUUUUUUGUAUUUGUGUGCUUUGACAAGCGAGUUGUAGGUUCUUAGAUUAAUGCUUUUCAAUCGUUCUGGAGGCAGGAGACAAAAACAUGUCCACCUGUUUUGUCAGCCCGAGGAAUACAUUCCAAAAUCACGUGAUUAAAUAGGCAUGCGUGAUACCAAGAACAGAUGAGUGAGUAGAGAUGCUUGAAUUUGACAGCUGACUAAAAGCAAUAUAGAAACUAGAGAGAGAAAAGUUGCAAGGAAAGAGUACGGGAUCGAAUUUCGGUCUCAACUACCAGUUAUUCUGGAAAGUAUUCGCUUAGGCACCACAUUACCGCUAUCGGGAUACCAAGUGUGUGUGUGUGUGUGUGCCAUUUGACUGUCUAACAAUAUAGCAGAUCGUGUGUGCGUGUGUGUGUGGGAUGAGGCAGAGAGGAGGGAUGCAGCUCACAAUCUGCUUCACUAUUUAUACUUUUGCUUUAUUAGAAUCAGUUUUUUGUGGAAAAACUUUUACAAUACAGGAGCUCUUAACUACCAAAUUUUCGCGUAAAGUUUCUGAUGACUUAUAUUUGGAUCCAUGUAAAUCAGAGAAAUUUUAUGGAGAUAUCGCAUUGACACGAAGCGAUUACUUAGCAUUACCAUUACGAAAAAAUCAUAUUACAUCAUCCUCUUUAUCAUCAUCAUCAUCGUCAUCAUCAUCCGAUGUACAAGAAGCUAAGAUGAUAGCGAAAAACCUUAAGAGAAAAACAAAACGUGGAAGAAAAAGGAAAUUACGACGAAGGCAUAAACAUUUACACGGUAAAAGAAGAAAACCCCGUGCAGCAACAGCUAAAGUUGAAAGAUUGUGGGAUAAUGCUAUUAUACCUUACGAAAUCGAUGCGAAUUUCAGUGGUGAACAUCGUGCAUUGUUUAGACAAGCAAUGAGACAUUGGGAGAAUUACACGUGUGUAAAGUUUAUAGAAAGAACAUCUGAACACACAAAUUUCAUCGUAUUUACAGAAAGGCCUUGCGGAUGUUGUUCUUACGUUGGAAAAAGAGGCGAUGGUGCUCAAGCUAUAUCAAUAGGAAAAAAUUGCGACAAAUUUGGUAUUGUGGUACAUGAACUUGGUCACGUUGUCGGUUUCUGGCACGAACACACGAGACCAGACAGAGACGAUCACGUCAAAAUCGUCACAGAAAACAUUAUGAAAGGACAGACAUAUAACUUCGACAAACUAACAGGGGAUGAUGUGAAUUCGCUAGAUUUACCAUACGAUUACGAUAGUAUCAUGCAUUACGCACGUAACACAUUCUCGAAAAGUACUUAUUUAGAUACAAUCCUACCACAAGGGGAUCCUACAAUAAGCAAAUUACCAGAAAUUGGGCAAAGAGUUCGACUUAGCAAAGGUGACAUCGCACAAACCAAUAAACUUUACAACUGUCCAGUUUGCGGCCGAACGAUACAAGAACCCAGUGGUACUAUUUCUUCAUCCGAUUAUCCAUUUCACCAAUUCUCUGAAGAACAGCUGUGCGAAUGGAGGAUUUCUGGUACUCAUGGUGAAAGAAUUGCUGUAGAUAUCACAGAAUUAGAUAUACAUGAUUCUGAUGACUGCGAAACGGAUUAUUUAGAAAUUAAAGAUGGCUACAUGCAGAAAUCGCAAAUUUUAGGUCGUUUCUGUGGAAGCGGUAAAGUGCCAGAAAAAAUUAUCACUUCCGGACAUAGAAUGAUUAUCACCUACAAAGUAACUACAAAUCAAUUGAAUCAUAAAGGAUUCAAAGCGAAAUUUGAAGCGUUAUGCGGUGGUGAAGUGGUUCGUGAAGAAGGUGUUUUGCAAAGUCCGAAUUACCCUGAAGAUUAUCAUCCUGGUAAAGAAUGUAUUUGGAAGAUUACUGUCCCUCCUAAUUAUCAAGUUUCUCUUCGUUUUCAAUCGUUUCAGAUCGAGAAUCACGACAAUUGUGUUUAUGAUUAUUUAGAAAUUAGAGAUGGACACGAUUCGAGUAGUUCCUUAUUAGGGAAAUUUUGUGGACAUAAAACACCGGAUGAAAUUCGUUCUACUUCUAACAAAUUGUAUGUGAAAUUUGUAUCCGACACUUCGGUGCAAAAACCGGGAUUUUCUGCUGUUUUUGUUAAAGAGUAUGACGAAUGCAAAGGAACUGAUCACGGAUGCGAACAACAGUGCGUUAACACAGUGGGAGGUUACAGGUGUAACUGCGACAUAGGUUUCGAGUUACACUCCGACGGAAAGACUUGCGAAGAUGCGUGUGGAGGGGUCAUCGCUGCCGUUAAUGGUACUAUAAUCAGCCCUUCCUUCCCAGAACUGUACCCACCGAAUAAGAAUUGUGUCUGGGAGAUAAUAGCACCGCCUCAAUACAGAAUAACCAUGAAUUUCACCCAUUUUGAUCUGGAAGGAAAUAAUCACGACUGCGAAUACGAUAGCGUGGACGUAAGAAGCAAACUUGGUGACAUUGAAGUGAGGAAACACGGGGUGUUCUGCGGUGCCCAUCUACCACCUGUCAUUACUUCGGACGGUAAUAGCUUGAGAGUCGAAUUUAACUCUGAUAAUUCGGUUCAAAAAAGUGGUUUCGCUGCCGUAUUUUUUACAGAUAAGGACGAAUGUGCUAACGAUAAUGGUGGCUGCCAACACAUUUGUAAAAAUACCAUCGGUAGUUAUUACUGCGCGUGUCAUAACGGAUACGUUUUGCACGAAAAUAAACAUCAGUGUAAAGAAGGGAGCUGCAUCCAUCAUAUAUCUUCUCCCGUGGGAGAUAUAGUUAGCCCAAAUUUUCCAGAUUUCUAUCCGAGUAAGAAAGAUUGUGCUUGGCUUUUUACAACGACACCCGGACAUAGAAUUAAAUUAGUAUUUAAUGAAUUCGAACUGGAGCCACACCAAGAAUGUGCUUAUGAUCACAUAGCUGUAUACGAUGGUGAUACAAGUGAUAAUCACAUUUUAGGAAGAUUUUGCGGCAGUAAAGUACCACAUCCUUUAAUUGCUUCUGGAAACAGAAUGUACUUAGUAUUUAAAUCAGAUUCAUCUGUUCAAAGGAAGGGAUUCAAAGCUAGACAUUCUACAGCAUGUGGCGGACGAUUAAUACCACAUUCCACACUAGAACAUUUGUAUUCGCAUGCCAAAUAUGGUGAUCAAAAUUAUGAAAAUAAAGAGGAUUGCGAUUGGAUAAUCAGUGCAAAAGACAAUCAACGCAUCCAGUUAAGAUUUUUAACAUUUGAACUAGAACACGAACAGGACUGCAGUUACGAUUACGUUGAUAUCUUCAAUGGUUACGACGAUUCUAGUCCUCAUCUCGGUCGCUUCUGCGGUAACAAGGUUCCUCCUGAAAUCCUUUCCUCUUCGGAUUCGCUUUUAGUACGGUUCAGAUCCGACGAUACCAUUAACAAUAAGGGAUUUUCAGCAGCAUAUAUCGCUAUAGACGGAGAUGAAGUUUAUCCAAAAUUAGAGAAACAUUGACAAGAAUUACGUAAUAAUCUCUUUUUAUAGAUUUCGUCUUCCUUUAUUCAAGAAAUCGCACAAAAACAAAAAUUUGAGCAAUAAGAUCUUUCAUACUUUGAAAAUAAAGCGGUUGAAUUAUUAUAAAAAACGCAUGUAUGUAUACAAAAAAUACUGUAUACUAUAUUUGCAUACGCAUACUGUAUAUGUAUGUAUUAUAUAUACGGCAUAUAUAGUUAAAGUAUCCAAUAGAAUGUUUGUGUUGUGAUGUAUAUAGUAAGAUAUUAAUGGUGUUUUUGUCAAUAUCAAUGUAGUUAUUUAAAAAUUAUUGAUACGGUUAUUAUCAAAAAUUAUUUAAAAACUAUAUAUAGAAUUUAUUUUGGGAAGU